AUCUACAAUAUUUCAGGUGUUAAAGCUGUUGAUAAACGUGAUGGCGCUGGCGCACACAACUGGGGUUCCGUUAAGGAUACCAUCGAUGAUGUCAACAAGAGUACCAACUCCGAAGAGAAUGGCAACAUUAGCGGUGCUGAAAAGGACAAUGAAUCGGGCAAUGAACAAGCGGCUGAGCAGACACCUGUCGAGGAGGAGGUUAAGGAAUUGACAUUGGACGAAUGGAAGGCCCAGCAGCAACAACGUGCCAAGCCACAAUUCAAUAUUCGUAAAGCUGGUGAAGGCGAAGACACCACCAAAUGGAAGAAAAUGGUCGUUUUGAACAGUGCCAAGGUUGCCGGCAAAAAGGGUGGCAACGAAAGCGAAGAAGAAUUGGAAUAUGACCCUGCCAUGUAUCCCCAACGCGUUGGCAGGCAACAACGCGUCUUGGACAUUCAAUUCAAUUUCAAUGAUGGCCGCCGUUUGGGUGGCUUCGGUGGCCGUGGACGCGGUGGUCGUGGUGGUCCACGCAACAAUAAUGCCGGCGGUGGUGAUUCAGCUGCCCCUGCUGGCGGCCGACCCCGUUUCGAGGGUGGCAAUCGUGCUGCUGGCGGUAAUGCUGGUGGUCGUGGUGGUGCUGGCGGUAAACGUCAAUUUGGUGGUGGUGACAAACAGAAUGCCGCUCCCAAAGUUAAUGAUGAACGUCAAUUCCCCACAUUGUCCUAAAUUUUCAAAUUCCCGCCUCGUUUCCUCCCUCCAA